AUGGCGGGUCUUGCUGCCAAGGACUCAAAGGCCAUCGGCGAUAUUUCGAAAAAGGGAAUCCCGCCUCCCCAGUCGAUUUUCCUCUCAAUUGCGGCGGUGAUCGCGUUUGAGAUGCACUUGUACCUGGACAAGGAAUGCGGCAACAAGCGAGAGUGGUCGACUGACCAGCUCGCGCAUGUCUGCAAUGUGUCUGUAUCUACGGCCGAACUGCGCUGA